AUGGCGAACCAGACGGAGACGAUCUCUGAAAGGGGGAGCAACCCUGCCCUUGGUGCUGUCUACAUCUGCCUGGCUAUCACCAUCAUGGUCACCAAUGUCGUCAUCAUUGUAAUCAAUGUCAAGUCACGGCAUCUUCAAAUACCAACGCUACAUAUUCUGACGGGGAUCGCUGUGUUUGCUUUUGUGACGGGACUUCAUCUGCUCAUGUACGACGUGCCGUUAUUGUUUUCUGCACAAAUGACAUGUAACAGCACGUUUACCACCGCUGGGACAAUCAUGGCAAAUCUUCUACAAGCAUUGAACUUUUUCCAGGCGACUCUGGCUGUACUUGAUCGGUACGUUGCUGUCUGCCAUCCUCUCCGCUACAUCUCCAUCGUCACGGGAAGGAACAUUCUGCUCGCCAUGUUUGCAUAUGCUGGACUGUGUUUCGUUGUGGUUUCUUUCGGACUUUCUUUACUGCAUGAAAUGCCAUAG